AGACCGCAACCCGGCCCGAUCUGCGGCUGGCCCUGACGCAGGAGCCACCCCCGAGCCGAGCGCCGCGCCCCGCCCCGGACGUGCCUAGGCGCAGGCGUGGGGAGCGCACGUGGUGGCGGCGGAGCUAUGGCGAAGGGCUCGGCGCAGCUGGACAGGGAGCAGGUCAAGAAGGCGGUGGAGGCUCUCCUGGCGUUCGCCAGAAGCAAGGCCCAGGGAAAGGCGCUGCUCCUCAACGAGAGCGAAAGCGUGCACCUCUUGGUGACGGUCUGGAAGGUGCCGCGCCUGGCGCAGCUCAUCACAAUACCAUUGCCCCACAGCAUCUGGACAGAAACAGCUGAGGUUUGCCUCUUCACAAAGGAUGAACCAAAUUUAUCAGCAGAACAGACUGAAAAUCUGUACAGAAAACUUUUAAUCCAGAAUGGGAUCAGCAGUGUUAGCCAGAUCAUCUCGUACAAAACUCUCAAAAAAGAGUACAAACUAUUUGAAGCAAAACGUCGCCUCCUGAACAGAUUUGAUCUCUUUCUGUCUGAUGACCGCAUCAGAAGACUCUUGCCCUCACAUCUAGGAAAACACUUCUAUGAAAGGAAGAAGACACCUGUAUCUGUAAACCUGAAAUCCAAGAAUCUUGCUAAGGAAAUUAACAAACAUAUCCAAGGGACUACGCUCCCAGUUACCAACAAAGGGUGCUGUUAUACGGCACGUAUAGGUCACACUGGAAUGAAAGCUGAUGAGAUCCUACAUAACAUCAUUGCAGCAGCUGAGGUGAUUGCUAAGAAGUUACCAAAGAAUUGGAAAAACAUAAAAAUUCUUCACCUCAAAACUCUGAAAUCAGUUGCACUUCCAAUUUAUACUGCGAGUAUCUCCAACUUGGAUGAGCUUGACAGACAGCCAUCUGAAAGAAAAAAGGAAGUAAAGGAGGGAAAGAAAAAGAAGGCCAAGAGCAAAAAAGCAGUUAAAAAAAACAAGUCAAGUCAAGUCACUUUGACAACUGAAAUUAAUAAUACAGCUGCUGCUACCCAGGACCUUGAGAUAAAAGCAAAUGAAGGAGUCCAAGAACCAGAUGAUCAUGAUGAUGAAGAAAUACCACAACUGGUCCCUAUACAAACAACCAUCUUAGAUCAGCUGGAGAAAAUGGAAUCAAGUGCAGGAAACCUGAGCAAGAAAACUAAAGCAUCCCGUGGUAAGAGAAAAAGACUUCUGGCUUUGAAGACUCCAAAACAUAAAGUCACAGAAGAGUGUGUUGACUUACAGACAUCAUCAAAACAGAAAAAAGACAAGCAGCUCAGCAUGCCAAAGGAAGCAAAUAAAGAAAAAGAGCUUAAAAAGAUUCCCAAAAAGCCUGAAGUAAAAUCUUUUGCAGCACCUAACGCUGGCAAGUCAAUACAGUCAGCCAAGAAGUCUUCAAAAACACGAAAGCCAGCACCCAAGAAAACACUCAGGCCACAGUCAGCAUGACUGUUGUUUGCUGUAACAUGUUUUAUAUAGCCUUUUUAGUAGACAAAUAUAUUGAUGAAGUAAAAUACCUUAAGAAAAUCUAAUCCCAAGAGCUUUUUUUUCCACCGAGGCUUGUAAUGAUUAAUUUGUUUCCUUCUACCUAAUGAGCUGGAACGAAUAAACUCAUGAUCUUGAA